AGAUCCUCUGUUAACACUGACAGACAUCAACAGGAAUCAGGAUGGAACUGUGUAUAAAUGUACAGUGACAAACUUUGCUAUACCCAAAACAAUAAGUGAGCAGUUCAUACUGACGGUGCAUUAUCUAAGCAGUGUUAGCUUCAGUUCUACUGCAAAUGUUGAAGAAGGAGAAGCUCUGAGUGUGGACUGCACUGCUGACUGUAACCCGCCAUGUGACUAUGCCUGGACACUGGGUGAUAAUCAAAUCACAACAAGUCCCUCUGCUAAAUCUGACCGACAUCAACAGGAAUCAGGACGGGAAUGUCUACAACUGUACAGUGACCAACUUUGCUAUACCUAAAACAAUAAGUGAGCAGUUCAUCAUACUGACGGUGCAUUAUCUAAGCGGUGUUAUCUUCAGUUCUACUUUAAAUGUCGAAGAAGGAGAAGAUCUGACUGUGGACUGCACUGCUGACUGUAACCCGCCAUGUUACUAUGUCUGGACACUGGGUGAUAAUCAAAUCACAACAGAUCCUCUGUUAAAUCUGACGGACAUCAGCAGGAAUCAGGACGGGAAUGUGUACAACUGUACAGUGACCAACUCUGCUAUAUCUAAAUCUAUUAGUGACCAGUUCGCACUGACGGUGCUUUACGGUCCAAACUCUGUUACGUUCAGUCCUCGCUCAUCUACAACUGUCGGGAAAGGGGAAAGUCUGACUGUGACCUGCAUUGCAGACUGUACACCAUCGUGCUCGUUUUCAUGGACACGUCAAAAUCAGAAUCUGUCAACAAGCUCCAAGUUAGAACUGACAAAUAUUUCUAAGAGCCAUGAAGGGGUGUACACAUGCACAGUGAAAAACACUGCCUUAUUAGACGUUAAAUCUAGUAACUUCACCUUGAUAGUAAGAGCUAUAGGAAAUGCAAUUAUUGUCUGCACAGGUGGUGCAUAUCUUGGACAGAUGACAACAAUUGUCUGCGAAGUGACACUCCCCAUACUUGAAGGAAUGAGAAUUCUACGACCAAACAGAGGACGUCCACAAGAGGUGUUGAGAUGCAAUCCUAGUAAUACUAGAUGUAUAAUAACAGGUUCUAUGACUGGAUACAGUUAUGUUAGCGACUCACCUUCACAAACCAGUCUAACUAUACAAUCAUACAACCCUAGCACAGAUGAAGGAGAAUGGAUCUGUCGUGAUGGAACAUCAGAUGUUGGCCAAGACACUUGCAACAUGGCAUUCUUUGACGGUCCAAGCUCUGUUACGUUCAGUCCUCGCUCGCCUACAACUGUCGGGAAAGGGGAAAGUCUGACUGUGACCUGCAUUGCAGACUGUACACCAUCGUGCUCGUUUUCAUGGACACGUCAAAAUCAGAACCUGUCAUCAAGCUCGAAGUUAGAACUGACAAAUAUCUCUAAGAGCCAUGAAGGGGUGUACUCAUGCACAGUGAGAAACACUUCCUCGUCAGACGUUAAAUCUAGUAACUUCACCUUGAUAGUAAGAGGUGUAUCAGUGGUUCUCUCUGGAUCUUCCUCCCAUGCAGUGUUGAACGAGUCGUUUACAUUCACCUGCAUAGUCACACAGGCGGCUGGUCUGAUUGAUUACGUGACGUUUUAUCAGAAUACAUUACUUGGUUCAAUUAUUAGUCUCCUACAGGACGGUGGUUCAUGUUCCGUGUUUAUUCCUUCACCUCUAAAAGGUUACUCUGUAUCAUGUGGGAAUGGAACUCACAGCAACUCGUCCACCACCAAGAACUAUAUUUUAAACAUCAACAGAGCUGCGGAACGUGAUGCCAUACUCUGGUUUUGUGGACUGAAUACAGCUAACACAAUCAGUGAGAAAAUUAGCCUACCAGUUUACUAUGGCCCAGAUCUUAGCAGUGUAGAUUUCAGCUAUUCUUCAAAUGUUGAAGAAGGACAAGACCUGACUGUGGACUGCACUACUGACUGUAACCCGCUAUGUGACUACGCCUGGACUCUGGGUGAUAAUCAAAUCACAACAAGUCCUCUGUUAAACCUGACAGACAUCAACAGGAAUCAGGAUGGAAAUGUCUACAGCUGUACAGUGACCAACUCUGCUAUACCUAAAACUAUAAGUGACCAGUUCGUACUGACGGUGCUUUAUGAUCCAGAGCGCAUGGCUGCCUUAAGUACAGGUGCUAUAUCGGCAAUCAUCAUCGGUGCUUUACUGCUAUUUAGUAUUCCUGUUGUGUGGGUGGUGUACAAGAGGAAAACAAAGACGAACGCUGAAGAAGAAGUUGUGCAGAAGGAACUUACUAUUAAAGAAGAACAUCAAGCUGAUAACACUGCAUUUGUCCGUACGGAAGAGAAAGUGACGGUAACGCUAGAAUUCCCAAGUUCUGGCUUGCGUUUUUCUGAUACCUAUAAAACUGUAUCAGUAGACAAGGUUACAUCAGAUUAAUAUGGUUUACAUAUGGUUUUCAGUGUUUCAGAUUAUGCUACUUUUGAGUGUUCCAGUAUUAUUUUAUAUUUGGCUGUUUCCCACAAUACGUAUUACACUACAUUUCCAGUACCAUAGCAGCAUUUCACUAGUUUAACAGUUUAGUUGUGAAAAAUAAAUAUAGUUUGUUUACAUCAAACGGUAGGUAGGCCUAACAGACGAACUGUAUAAUGAUUUUUUUUUUUGGAAUUAUUAUUAUUAUUUUUUUAAUAUUAAUAAAGUUACUUUUUUUGUUCUUUUUAAAAAUAUUUUAUUGUCCCCAGCUCAUUUUAACGAUGCCAUGGUUGUGGUGCCCUGAUUCAUCGCCUCACAGAAGAUGAAUUAAAUUAUACACGCUAAAUACUAGGAGUACAUACACAUUUCGGUAGUAUGCUGAUUAUAGUAAUAGUAAUACUUAUACAAAUAAUGUAGAUGAUGAUACAUUUAAUAUUAAUGCAUAUGUACAUGUAGAUAGUAAUAUUAAUAACACAUUAUAAAUGGCUAGUUAAUAGUUAUAAUGAAUAAUGUUAAAAUUACUCUUAUAAGAUUUCCACACAGAAACACACGCACACACACGUGCGCGCGCGCGCACACACAAACACACAUUAAUAAUAAUAAAUAAAUAAAAUAAAUACAUUUUGUGUAAAUAAUAAUUUGUUAAAAGUUGCUUAAAAAUUAUCCACUAUAUAUUAAAUGCUGGAACACCGAAGGUAGAUAGGUUCAUCUGAAUUCGUAUUUAUAAUCGUUAAAUCAGUACACGAACAUUAAUGGCAGAACUUUACAUUGUCUGUUCCAUUCAUUGUGUUCAUAUGUAUGUAUCAUGUUUUUCAUUUGUACAGUAUUUUCGAUAGCUACAAUUAUGUAUUAAUAUAUGUUCGUGUUUAUAAUAUCAGCUUCUCUAAUAACAAGGUGUUAGUUUAACAAGGUGUUAGUUGUUCUAAUUUUUGAAACGGCCCAAACCAGAUUUUACCUUCCAAUAAUUGCGUGCAUACCAAAACAUCUAUAUUACAAAGCAAAAUGAAACAUAUUAGAUAUUCAGACGCUGGUACUCUGAAGGCGAACAUGUAUUUAAUAUGUAAUUUUACUCACCCACUAGAGCACAUUGAUUUAUUAAUCACUGGAUAUUGGAUUCAAACAUUUGGUAAUUCUGACACAUAGUCAUCAGAGAAAACCCAGCACAUUGUCUAAAUACAGCAAGAAAUCUUGUAUCUAUACUUUGUCACAACCAGGAAAGCACAUACCACGGCCUUUGGCCAGUUGUUCCACACUGGGUGGAACGAGAUGGUCCACAAAGGAUGCCCAAAUGGUUUGUUCUACUAAUAAAUUAAACAGUUCUACUUUAAUUAGUAUGGGCAUAUUGUAGAGUGUUUAAUGGAGAAGUGUAUGAAAGAAGAAGUUAAUGGCAGCUGUCAUUCUGUAAGUUUGACAGCGCAUUUUUAACAUGGUUUACGAUUUUUAAUGUUUUUGUGCAGUAUUUUAUUUUCUUGUCUUUUUUUCUUUAUUUUAAUUUUAAUUUUAAUUUUCUUUAUUUUUAUUUUUAAUUUAUGUUUUUUUUUUUUUUUUUAAUCAACUAAGUUAUUUUUGUUCUAUCAAUUCAACUCAAAUCUACUCAGUUCGAUUCUGCACCAUAAAUAAAACCUAUCAAUUCAACAAUUUCUUUUUGUCGUCUUUGUUUCUUUACGGAGUUCUAGCCCUUGAGCUUCGGAGAUGCAACAAACGAAAAACCAGACUGUUUUUUUUAGAAGGCCUUGAGCUAUUGAGCUGAAAGUUCGGGUAUAGCUUUAUCAUGUACUCAAUGGGUAUAGGUGUAGGGCCACUACACUCUCUUCUCUCUCACUAACCAUCAAGCAACUAACAACUAACCCACUGUCCUGAACAGACAACCCAGAUAGCUGAGGUUUGCCUUCAGGACAGCGAGCUUGAACCUUAAUUAUGGAUAUAAGCACGAAAAUAAGUUGAAGUGAAUGUAUUGUUGGAGACCAAGUGUGACUUUCAUGGCAAUAUGCCCAUUUUUGACGUAGUUAUGGUCCUUGAACUUAGGAAUAUGAAAUUUAUUUUUCCGGACUGUUUUUUUUAUUAUUACUCUCAGAAUGCUAGUUAACCGUACUGAUUUCUAUUGAAUUGUUUCACUAUUUACUAGUUCGACACAAUUCAAUUUCCCUUAUAUAAACACAGCAUACAUUGCGUUUUGUUUAUCAAACUAUAUAUGAACGGUUACAUGCCAAAAUUCGACAUAUAUUCUACAUGCGAACUGAAUUUUACAAAUUUCAUGACGUAUAUCCAUUGUUUUCUUACUGUAUAGCUAGAGUUUUUAUUGUUACAUAUUGUUUAGGUGGUUUACAUGGUUUAUUGUUAUAUUCUGUGGGCUUAGUCCGGGAGCCAAGAUUUUAUAAUUAUUAUUAAUUUUGUUUUAAUCAUUUCAUCCUACUCAAUGCAAAUCUAUUUAUGUGCGUUUGCAUCCCAUAUCAGACGAGUGUGGUGUGACUAGGAAAGGGUGAAUACCUACCUAACAAUUUGUAAACAGUGCCCCCCCCCCCCCCCCCAAACACACACAUCAAAUCAACACAAACCAUUAAAGAACAAAAAAUAUUCGGCAAAUCCAGGUCACCCCCCAAAUCAGCCUAUGGCUCCCAGACUAGUUCCAGUAUUUUACCUUUCAUUGUUUCUUUAACUAAAUAGUGUUUGUAUUUUUGUGUACAUAUUUUAAAGUAUAUAUAUAUAUAUAUAUAUAUAUAUAUAUAUAUAUAUAUAUGUGUGUGUGUGUGUGUGUGUGUGUGUGUGUGUGUGUGUGUGUGUGUGUGUGUGUAUUACAUGCCACUAUUAACAUUAUUAUAUACUACAUUCAGUCUAAAAAUGGAAAAUGUCAUUGUGUAUAGCCAUUGCUUUCUUAGCUUCAUUGUUCAUGGUUACACAUUUUUUAGAUGGCAGCCACUGCAUACGGUGUAUCGCACUGGAUGAUACCUACCUCAUGAAUAAACAUAGGCACAAGCAAAAUUAACAUUCUUUUUGUAUGAAUACUUUACAAGAAAUGGAGAAAAAUCUACGUUUUUGAAUUUUUGGAUGUAACGUUGUUAAAAAAGGGGGUUAAUAUGUGGAAUUUCCAAAGGUUUGCACCCCCCCCCCCCCCCGUAAAACUAAUCAAGUUUAGUAUGAAUAAUUGCAUGAAAUGGAAAACAAAUCUACAUCCUUUUAAUAUUUGGGUGUAACCAUGGUAACAAAAAAACUAAACAAAAAAACGUUAAUAUAUUGAUUUCCCCGAGGGCUGCAAACAAUCUGCACCCCCCCCCCCCCCUUCACACACACAAACACACACACACACGUGGAGAUACACACACGCACACACACACACACACACAACACAUACAUACAGACGCAAACACACAAAGGAAGAGCUACCCCUAAAGAAGAUAAAACAGCAAAGUAUAAUCACCUGUCAUUGUUUAUAUAACUAAAUGGUAUUUGUAUCUUUUGUGUAGAUGACCUGGGGUAGUCUCCACAAAUUAAUAGCAAUAAGUUUAUUUAUAUUAAAUACUAGUAAUUUAAAUUGAAAAUUAGAAAGUCUACCUUGACCUUGAUUUUUAAAAAAUAUAAUACUGCAUAACACUACGAUUCUCUCGCAAUAUCCACGGACUAACAGAGACACAUUUAGUAAGUUUCUAAUUUUAACACGGAACUGUCUCUAUGAAUUAUUAUCUAAUAGCGACAAAAUUAUGGAGCUUUGUAAACUGACAUACGUCUUGUUGUUUAUUUAAAUAAUAAAUUCAAAUUAAUGAUGUUUGUAUUUUAUAUAGAUUUUUCAAUAAAGCAGCUAAGAUUAGCUUUAGAUUAAGAUGGUUUCCAAUUGUUACACGUUGUUUACCUUGUGUGUUCCAGCCUUUUAACUCCAGUUUCUGCAAAUAAACCCUCAACUUUAA